UUCCGGAGUAUCCGGGUUCAGUUUCUCCAGAGAGAGAGAUGACCCUAGAUCAUAAACCUCUAGGAGGGGGAUGUGUGAAAGUGUUUACAGAGGAAAGAUACGCAUUCUGUAAUGUAGAGCAAACCUAUCAUGCAAUUCGUACAUGAGUUUCAAUACCAUACUCACACGAACACACUCACACGCACACACACAAACACUAGAAUACUCCAGCCCUCCUGCCCGCUGUAGAAAGGAGAGAUGGUUGUACAGACAGAAAUAUUUGUGGUAGAAUGGUUGGUGGUUGAGUGAGGUUAGAGGCUGCAGAGGACAGGUAUACAGACAGCCUCACUACUCUCACUACGUAUCGAUCCUCUAUCCAGGGCAGUGUCUCAGUGAUAAACCUGCGUUACUAGAGUGUGGCAGAGGCGUGGCUGUGUGGGUGCGGAUACGUGUGAGCGAUGGAUAACAGGGCGGAGACACUCCUCUGUAUCAUCAGGUAUUUGUACGAGGAAGAGGAUGAAUCUGGAGACGCAGCUAGGGAAUACUUUUAAGUCCAGGAAUUUUGAAAAAUUGGAACGGCGGGUACAGGGCACUGGUCAUUACAAAAUAGGUACCCCAGGAAUCCUGCAGUGGGGAGCUCAUCCUACACACAAGCUCCAGUUACAAAACUUAGUACUAUUAAAACCAGUUUCAUCCUGGGAGAUCAGCUUGGGGGGAAGUGGGGGCGGGAGAAGGAGGGGGGGAGGUCCAACCUCCCCCUCCCGGCUACGAUGUUGUGUUGCGGGGGAAAAAAGGAUUCUGGAAGUCGUGAUAUGAAAUCUGCUCAGAAUACGCCCUCUCGGCAACCAAUGGUCCCACCACACAAUAUGGCUCCGCCCACCUUACAGGAGAACAGGCAGGCCGUCCUGGGGGGUGGAGACUUUAAGAAGGUUAGCGGAAUCUCCAACGAGAUAUUCCGUCAAAUUGAAACGGUGGAAAACCGUUAUGAUCAAAGUACGGCGGAAGCAUUCCGUGCUGUCCAGAAAUCCGGGGAGAUGGUUGUACGGAAACUUGAUCCGGCCCAGUUUAUCCGUCUAGCUAGUGAAACCGCACCCAAGAUAAACGUCAAUACUAAUGAUCCAGAUUCAGCGACAAGUUUUGUGGAGAUCGUUAAACGUCCUGGACAAACCCUGGGUUUAUAUAUCAGGGAGGGGAACGGAGUAGACAGGUCGGACGGAGUCUUUGUCUCCAGAAUUGCUCUGGAGUCGGCUGUUUACAGCAGUGAGUGUAUUGUCGUCGGCGACGAGAUACUAGCCGUCAAUCUUGUCGAUGUUACGAGAAUGAGUCUCGACGACGUAGUUAUAAUAAUGUCGAUUCCGCGUCGACUAGUUCUUACCACCCGGAGACAAAAACAAGCUCCACGUUAUUCUCAAACCAGAACUCUAGACCAUAAACCUGCUCCAGUAGUAGUGUUUAAAGGAGACCCGGAUCAGUCCGCGGAGUUUGGAUUCCGUGGAGAAUAUAGGGGACCAGGAGACGGUUUUGGUUCUCCAGGACGGAGAGGAGAUUUAUUAGCAGUGAGAGAUAGUAGGACGCUAACCUGGGAUAGAAACCCUAGACCGGAUAGAAGUGAUCCUAAAUAUUUUCCUGUCAAUAGUUUACCUCGUCAGCGCGCACCUAACACUGCUCUUUCUCCUCCUAGAGAAGACUGGCGGGGACGGGACGGAGGUGAAUAUAGGGACGGAUACACACCUGGAGUAGGACGGGAGGUUUACACUCCAAACUCAAGGGAUAUGCCUCCUCCUAUGCAUGCUCUACCAUCCUACCAACCCCCACCUCCUGUAUUAACCGAACAAACUAGAGUAGGAAAAGAACCAACACAUUUUAAGCCGUACAAACACACUUACAAUGGAGCACAGGGUAAACUUCAACCUGGAGCUAUAGCUGGACCAAUUCUUAGUUCAGGUUUAUCUCCUGCAGGAGCUCCAGGUAGGAGUAUAGUACCAGGGAACGGAGCAGGGUUCAGAGAGCAGGACGUUUACUCUCAGGCAUACACAACAGACAACCCUAGACCGGAGUCAGGACUAGGAUACAGGAUACGUGCUCCUCCGUCCCGUGGUGUUGAAUCUGGAGUUCCGGUCUAUCCUCCAGACUAUAUGAAACCAGGCACACAGUCACUCUCUAGGAAGGCGUACACCUUGGGUGGGUGGCGAGGCGGAGGGCGGAGCCUAGAAGGAGGUUGGAGAGGCGGAGCAGGGGGUCGGAGCUUGGACUACGCCAGUGAUACGGAUGCAGUUCAAUCUCCUCCUAGAUCAAUGAGAACUGGUUCUGAGCGCGGAGUUGGUGUGCACGCGCGCAGUAACUCUCUUCCGCGCACAUUCAAUCGUGAAGCUCUACUCCGUCAUCCAGAGCUAAGUAUGGAGAUUGACCGGCUCUCCGAUACCAUGUCAGAGACAGGAGACCGGCUCUCCGUUAGACAAUCUCACAGAGGGACUAGAUCUCCUUCAUCCUUCUCAACCUUGGGAGACUUCAUGCAAACUCAGGAUAUGGUUAAACGAACUCCCUCAACUAGUGCUAUAUAUGAGACCCUGAGACGGAGUAAAGAACUACGAGAAUCCUUGUCUCGUCCUAGUUCUCGUCUCUCUAUAGAUAAUAUUCCAGAUAAACUCAAAGAACCGGUAAGUAACCUCAUCAGAAUUUUGGCAAUUACUCCUUUUAAUGAUACACGCGCUGUAGUUUUGAAAUUUACAUGGUUGGAUAGACUCAGGUUGGGGAGCAGGUUAGUCUUUAUCUUGUCAGGGUUGGAUAAUCUCCGGUUAGGGGAGCAGUCGAGAGAACGUUCACACUCUCUAUCCAUCCCUGGGCUCCCUGCGGCUAGAACACCUUGUACUCCAACCUUUUCAUCAGAGAAGGAUGCUAUAGCUAACUUCGUGGAUUUCAACCCGGCAGAUUUUGUGAAGUAUAAGCUGGAUAGAUACAGUGAAACCAGCGAUAUUAGACUUAGUGGGUCUCUUCACCUUCAUCUUUUAUCAGGACGAGGAUUGAAGACGACAGGACGGUACAAGAGGUUCCGGGACCUGUACUGUGUAAUAGAAGUGGAUCAUGUACACAAGGCGAGGACAGUUGUACGCUCAGGAGGACUCAACUUCGACUGGGAUGAGAGGUUUCAGCUGGACAUGUUGAACAAUAUGGAGGUGGAGUUCCUUAUAUACAGCUGGGAUCCUCAGCUCAGACACAGAUUGUGUUACCGAACCUCGCUGCGGCUCGGAAACCUGUUUUCUUCAGGACAAAUGUUCCGUCAGAUAUCUCUCCGUCUUCAUCCUGCAGGAGUGCUCUACCUCACUCUACGGUACACAACUCUGAGAGAAGCGUACAACAGAUCCACCAAUACUCUGCAGCCAGGACAACUUUUUGGAGUCAGUCUUGAAAGUGUACUUGAGCAAGAAAACUCCGGGUUCCUGGUUCCACUGGUCUUACGGCGCUCUAUCCUGGAGAUAGAGAAGAGAGGAUUGGAUAUAAUAGGUUUGUACAGACUCUGCGGUUCGGAGACUAAGAAAAAGAUGCUCCGGGACGCAUUCGAACUUGAUCCGGAGUCGGUUGAUCUGAGCUCUGAAAACGUUCCUGAUAUUAACGUGAUCACGAGUUUACUGAAAGAAUAUCUCCGUGAGCUACCUGAACCCGUAUUCUCCUCCUGCCUAUACCAAAUGCUAGUUGAUGCUGUAGGAGUGUUCCUUCCCAAUGAUCCAGACGGAAAUGCGAAACUAGUAUUUUCAAUUCUAGACUGUCUUCCAAAAGCUAACAGAAACUGCCUGGUACAGCUACUGGAUCAUCUAGCCGGAGUAAGCUGUCAAGCAACUAGAAACAAGAUGAAUCCACACAACCUAGCAAUAUGUUUCGCUCCUGUUCUUAUGUUGGAUACAAGUGAUUCUUUAGAUGAAGAAGAACCAGGGAUAGUGCAGCAGCUACAAAUCCUCAAAUAUCUGAUUGAGAUCUGGCCAAAGAGUCAAGAGAAUCUGUGAAACAAAUACUAGAGCUUCCUUCCCUUAUCACCAAACAAGCAGCUGCUCAAUUUACGGAGCUGCUUAGAAUACAGAGCUUCUAAAGAGCUGCUAAAAAUAUGGAGCUUUUGUAUCCAAAGAUCUGCUGCGUAUUAAAAAUUUCUGUAUCUGAAAAGCUGCUGAAUUCACAGAGCUUUUGGAUUUAACACCUGUUAAAUCUAAAGCGGUGUUGAAUAUGCAUAAAUUCUAUAUUUCAAGUGAUGCUUAUGUCUGUAUCAGCCUCAGAAUCUUUCUAAAUAGCUACUGAACAUCUGAAGCUUCUGUAUCUAUGAAAACUGCAUGAAUAUAUAGAGUUUUGUAUAUACAGCGCGUGUAUAAAGAGCUUCUGUUUUAUAUAAAGAACUUUAGAAUAUAUACGGAGCAUCUGG